UUCAAAACAAGGACCUAUCCAUUUAUACAGAUCAGUGUGAACAACGCAGUCGCGCCCGCGCCCUGCCGCACCCCGUUCCCCGCUUGUUUGAUUUUUGACAGUUCGCUUUCGCCUUUUGCCAUGUAUGGUGGGAAAUCGUUUGGGGUGGUUGAAAUAUAUUAGAUUUCUUUAAAAUGUGUUACAGAAAAUUUAAAUAUGAGUUACCAGCAUGAAUCUUAACAUCAUUUUAAGAUUAAGCGUAAUGUUAUUGGUCUCAUGACCAGUUAACUUUUUAACUCCUAUUGCGUUAGUACGUAGGGCAAAUGGGUGACGUUGUAAGCUUAUUUUCUGUGAUAAUAAUGAAAUUUAAAUCUAAGUUCAACCAGAGCAAAAUUUAUUUUCACUACGAUGUACCAUGGGAAAAGCUCAAGUCAGUUAAAUGGAUGAACGAGAAAGCUUCCGCUAACAAGGCGUAUGUUCCAACGACGGUGGAGAAUGUAGCCAACGUAUGCACGCACGCACUAUGCGUGGCGCCCGCGUCGCUGGGCGCGCGCGAGCUCCUCACGCGGUCCAUAAACGCGCCGCAAGCGAUCGCAGCUGUGGUGUAUGGGUUGGCACUAUGCCUGUUGUUCGCUGUCUCCACUACAUUCCAUUCCGUAUGCUGCUGCCGAUCUGAUACCAAAAUGAAGCACUUCCUACACCGUUGCGACCGUGCCAUGAUAUACAUCUUUAUCGCGAGCUCGUACUUCCCCUGGCUGACGGUGGGCACGCUCUCCUGCUGGAUGCUACGCGAGUUGCGCUGGGCUAUCUGGCUGCUGGCGGUCCUCGGCAUCACCUACCAGCAGAUCUUCCACGAGCGGUACAAGAUGCUCGAGCUCCUGCUCUACUUGGUUAUGGGCUUGGGCCCGGCGGCCAUCAUUGUCACGUCAAAUCACCACUUCCCGGCGAUGCACGAUCUCAAGGUGGGCGGGAUGCUGUACCUGGCCGGCGUGUUCUUCUUCAAGUCUGAUGGUCGCAUCCCCUUCGCUCACGCCAUAUGGCACAUAUUCGUGGCCCUCGCCGCCACCGUGCACUACCUGGCCAUACUCCGACAUCUCUUCCCCGAACUAAAAUCUCAAUAAAGACUGCCCCAUUAACCUAUUCAAACUCGAUUAACAGAGCGUACUCAAGCUAUUUUCGUAUCGCGAGUCGACAGCGAGGCCGCGUUUAACAUAUUUGACAGCUGCGAAAUGUCAGACGUCAAUUGGAUUUUGUAGAAAAUGGCGCACUUCCGCCGCUAGGGCUUGACAGAAAAGCUUCUCGACGAAAGUUGUAUUAUAGUACCCAAUUCCAUUAUCUCGCUAAGUAUUUUGUAGUAAUUAUAUGAUCUGUAUUGAUGUCUGUUUCAGUAGUUUUUAAUUUAGGUUGUCAGGACCGCAGGGUUUGUAGACUUUUGAACUCGUAGGAAUCUUAGACGCACCUUUUUCGUCCACACGACGUUGUUAAAAGUUGUACUUGAUUGAAUUAUGUUUGACAUUCCCAUUUUUUAUGUGACUUCUAAACAGUUUUAGGAUCUUGUGUAAAUUGUAUUAUAAUUUGGUGGAAUCUAUUAGGUUUUUGACUGGCCAUAUAUACGUAUAUAAAAAAAAAACUUUCAGUGCUAAUGACAAUAUGUUCGCACGCAUUGCGUUGUUUCCAUGACUCAUGUGUAAUUGGCCUGACUUCCUUUGGACCUCGACCUUUUUGCCUCGACUUCAGUCUUUAUCAAGAUUGCCCAGUCCAACUUUUUUUUUUUUUUUAACCUGUGAUUAUGUUUUAUUGUAUUUAUGAUUUUUUUUAAACGAGUUUAAAGGAGCUUCGAUGAUUUUGGUUUUAAUUUUUAUUUAAACGAUGUUUGGGAAAUUAGGUUUAUUUCAAAGUCUUAUUUUAACAACACGGCGUGGACCGUCUUCGGCCAAAUAGUCUAAAUGAAAUAUUAAAAAUGUAUGUAUAUUUUGUAAAAAGAAAUUGUUGAAUCUUAUUCUACUAUUGUUGUAGUGUUCUUAGUAUCUCAAAAUCUCGAGACCAAUCCAAUCCUUUUUAGAUUGUUUAAAAUGUAUUGGAGUUUUUUAGAAACGUUUAUAUAUCUAUACUUAUAUGAGUCCCGUUUUCCAGUGAGAUAUUUUUAUACAUCUCAGUGUAAGUUCUCCUUAGAUUAGUUAUACUACAAUGUAGAGUAGUCGUGUGGUGAUGUGAAAAUUUUAUUGUUAAUUGUCGUACUAAUACUCCCAAUUGUCGUACUCUUAGUAUAAUUUGUCUCCAUAUAUUCCAUAUAUGUUAUUGCUCAAUACGGAAAUUCUUCGUCUUGAAUGUUAUAGUAAUGUACCAAAUACCUCCUUCAUAUCAAUAAUAUUUAAUUUUGGUGUAUACUUUAUAAUUUCAAAUCGAUUUAUAAUUAUAGUAAAUAUUUUUAACAUUUUACAGAUUACUGCUUCAAGAUUUAUUGCGAUGUGUUCUUAUCUCUCACUUUCCGAUACGACAAGACGUUUUAAAAUCAUUAUUUCGAUGCAAAAUCAGGAUAAUUUUAAACUAUUUCAAUUCAAUUUAGUUUAUACGCAUUUCAAAAUAACGUGUCAUCUUCAAAGUUGCACCACAAAGCAUUGUUAGUUGAAUAACGCAAUCUGAGAACAAUAGUUUGCCUGUGGUCGGAACGGGGGCAAACUAUUGGCGCGAAAUGUCUAUUUUCAAUAUGGUUGCUGUUCUAUAUUGUCUUCAAAGAGACCACACUGCAAGAACAUUCAUAAAGAAAGUAUUAUUUUGUUGUUUUCUCGAUAUUUGAAACUAAAUUAAAUAAAUGCCGUAAUGUGUUUUUAAAGAAUGCCAAUGUUGCCAAUGUAAAUCGAUUUUUUAAAUAAUGUAAAUUUGACAUUGAUACAAUUUUGAUUUUAAUUACUUAUGUUUUACUCAAUUUAUUAAGGUUUGAUGCUAUUUGCUAUAUAAACCAAAUACUCAUUUUAUAUUAGAAAACAUUGACGUAUAUUUUAAUUAAAUAUCUUUUUAUAUUUAUGAACCCAUUAAAAUUGUAAUUGCGAUUGUAUUCUUUCGAAAACAAAAUAAGAUAGUGUUAACAAAUCUAGUCAUAAAUUUGCUACAGUUCUAUGCAAAUUAGUGAUUGAAUGAAUGAAUUAUUUUUACAUUGAAAAUAAACAGCGUUUUUACCAAUUAUAAUGUUCCUAGUUUCUAACAUUGUGUAGAAAAAACAUAACAAUAGACAAAGACAAAAAAUCGUGGGUUUUCAUUGAAAUACCGGAGAAAAAUAUUUCUGUUCUUCAAUUAGAGAAAGUAAUUUUAAAACUAUUUCCGAAGUGAAAACUCACGGUUAUGGAUUUUGCAUUGGCAGAACAUUUGUCUUGUGAAGCUUAUGUUUUAUGAAUUACGUUUAUGUAGUCCGUGUGCAAUUUACAUAAGUGUUUAUGUAAAUUAUUACAUAUCAAUGAAUCUCAAAAUUUCCUGUAGUUUAGUUUUUAUUUUGUUUUUUUACAAUAAUAAAACAAAUCCGGUUAGUCAAGGAUAUCACAGGGUAACCAAUAUGAAGACAAAUUCAAGUUUUUUCAAAACAAUGUUUUAUUUUAUACAAAAAAAACUACGUUUAAAAAUUGCAAGAUGGAAAUUUCUUUUCCAUGUAAUGAUGUGAAAAAAAAAUCUUUUUCAGUCUGUUAUACGCUCGUCUCUGUAUUUUUUUUUUAACAUUCUCGUAAUACAAACUGUGUCAAGUAAAUAAACUUUAAGCAAAAGUUUUAUUUAAAUCAAUUAGAAAAUCUUUAAUUAUUUCCAUAUUAAAUUUAUAUUUACACUAAAUAAAGGAUGUCUCAUGUAGUUCAUGUGUUCCUUGUAUAUUUGAAUUAUUUAGCUCUCUAUAAAUAGCAGUAAAAAGUAUUGGUAUAUCUUGCCAUAGACAAUUUCAAAGAUAUAAAAAUCCUUAGUACAGAAAUUGGGAUUUUAGGAUCGUUUAAGCAUGUCUCUGUGUAAAGAAAAUUAGUAGUAGCCAAGUAUAUUUGUGAGGUUUUCUAUCUCAUGUUUCCAGGGAAUAUAGAUUUGUGAUUGUGAAUUAUAUCUCUUAUAAAUUUUCAGCCUUAUUUUAAUAGUAAAUAUUACAGUCAAAAUCGGUUGUAACUACGCAGAAAAAGACAUAUCUGAUAUGCUGUUAGGACGCCGCAGCUCUGCAAAUUACUCUUACAUAACACCAAGUAGAGUUAAAACUGCUGUUAACAUACUGCUCUAA